UUGAACAGUAUUGGAAACGACCAAAAGAAAGUCGUUAAGGAAUUGAAAAGAAAUGUCAAAUUUUUAAAAUACUAUCAAUGUUUGUUAUCCAACUUUCUUUUUCCUAUAUUUUUUGUUCUUUUUUUUUUGACAACAACCUUAAUUGGGCUGUUAAAAACUGCUCGAUUGUUACGGUUGGUACGAGUUGCUCGAAAGCUUGAUCGUUAUUCUGAAUAUGGAGCUGGUGUAUUACUGCUUUUAAUGGCAACAUUUGUGCUAAUUGGGCAUUGGUUAAGCUGUAUAUGGUACUUUAUUGGAAGUAGUGAAAUUCAGAACACUAAUAACACUUGGUUGAAUGCCCUUGAAAAGUUAAAUAAGCCUUAUAAUAAAAGCGAUACCGGCUUAAUCACUGGCGGUGGACCGUCGUUACAAUCUCGCUAUGUCACUUCACUCUAUUUUACUCUCUCAACAAUUACCUCAAUUGGCUUCGGUAACGUUUCUGCUACAACAGAUGCUGAAAAAAUAUUCACAAUUGUAAUGAUGAUCGCUGGAUCGCUGAUGUACGCCUCCGUUUUUGGUAACGUCUCAGCAAUUAUUCAGCGGUUAUAUAGUGGAACUGCUCGUUAUCAUACGGAAAUGUCAAGACUGAGAGAGUUUAUUCGGUUUUACCAAAUACCAAAUCCGUUAAGACAGAGACUUGAAGAAUAUUUUCAACAUGCUUGGUCAUACACUAACGGAAUAGAUAUGAACUUGGUUCUGAAAGGUUUUCCUGAUGGUCUUCAGGCUGACAUUUGCCUUCAUCUUAAUCGCAAUUUGCUCAAUAAUUGCCCAGCAUUUGCUGGCUCAUCACCCGGAUGCCUUAGAGCGUUAAGUCUUAGAUUUCGCACAACUCAUGCUCCGCCUGGUGACACAUUGGUGCACAAAGGUGAUGUGUUAACUGGUUUACAUUUCAUAUCUCGCGGGUCUGUGGAAGUCCUGAAGGAUGAGACAGUUAUAAGUAUUCUCGGUAAGGAUGACAUCUUUGGUGAAAACCCUUUAUUGUACGAUGAUGUUGGGAAGUCGUCUUGUAAUGUCAGAGCAUUAACGUAUUGUGAUCUGCACAAAAUUUUACGCGAUGACCUAUUGGAUGUCCUUGAUAUGUAUCCUGAAUUUGCUGACAAUUUCUGUCAGAACCUCACUAUUACAUGCAAUUUACGAGAUGAUUCUCAACCGGGAAGAAAACGAAUCGAUAGAAGGAAGCUGCUUCGGAUGUCGUCAGCUUGUAGACAGCUUUCGAACGAAGGUUUUGUAAAAUUUCGCUAA